AUGAGCAAAAUGUUAAACGAAAUCUGUGAUAUGCUGGAUGGAUACACCGGCAGGGAUAAGAUAAUUCGCACACUAUGUUAUACUACCAAACUAGCGUCCGGGCUGUAUGCUCAAUCGGAUCCAACAAGGUCGAAGAAACUGGCAAUAUUUAGUUCGAAGAUGUCCCAAACACGUGCCACGCUGCGCCUAUUUGACGAUUUGCCUAUGCUAGCAUACAGUCUGAGCUACGGGUACGGCAGCAAAGAACCAGACCGCUGGAUGGGUUUGAUUGGGUUCGUCACCAAUUUGAUCGAUCAUGCAUACUAUCCAGUGGACAAGAUCUGUUGGUUGAUCGAGCACAAUCUGCUGAAUGUUGAGAACCCUACCCGUUGGGACACGAUCAAUUCAUUGCUAUGGGUUGCAUCGAUUUAUCUCAAUCUAAUGAAAACCAUCCGGAGCUUCACUGUGAUGGAACAGCAUAAAUCAUGCAUCGAUAAACAGGAAAACGAAAGCAGCCAAGCGUUCCGUAUGUUGCUGAUUAAGCAGCGCAUGGAGGCCAUAUCGAUAUUGCGGUUGUCCCUGGAUCUGAUCCAUGCCGGCAGCACACUGCCGAAGGGCAUGCUUUGGGGUGGUCGUUUCCAGACUUGGCACGUAGGGCUGAUUGGAAGCAUUUCAUCACUGCUGGGCCUCUACCAAUACGUUGCCAAGAAGCGAAUCGUUAAGCAGAGUUCCUAG